AUGCCCUUUUGGCCAAGAAAAAAGUACAAGGCCGAUGAGCCAUCGCCAUCGCCAGACUCAGGAUCAAGACCAUACCGAGCGGAAAAGGCCCCGCCAUACAGCUACGACCCCUCACCAUCGUCAUCGUCAUCAUGGACAUCACCCCCACCACCAUCAUCGACGACGGCAAACCUCCAUCAGCAGCAGCAGCAGCAGCAGAAGCAGCAGUCCGAACCACCACCGUACACGGAAAGCAGCCACGACUGGCAGACAGCCGUACCCGACACGUCGCUCUUCCCCCCUCCGCCAGCCAUCUUCAGCGGCUACGACGCGUCCCCGGCGACCAACGCCUCGGAGGAGGAGGCCAGGCUGGGCGAGCAGUGGUGCGAGGAUCACCCCCUGUCGGAGGGGUCCGUGUUGACGGUCGACACUGCCGGUAGCAGCAGCAUCAGGACGAUACGUCUCAUGGAACCGGCCGGAUUCAAGGGCCAGCUCACCUGGUUGGGAGGGGGCACGUGGCGGGUCAGGACGGCGCGCGGGUCGCCGGACCGUUGCCUCAUCAGCUAUCCGCCCCUGUACCACGCUCACCCUUCCUCUCACCACCACGAUCCCCUUGCGGGCGAGAGGAGGAGGAGGAGCAGCAGCAGGACGGGUGACGGCGAGAUGAGGACCAGGUCAAUCUACUACGAAGUACGCGUGCUGCCGGACUCGCCAGAGGUGACGGUGGCGCUGGGUCUGACGGCCCUGCCCUACCCGUCGUUCCGCAUGCCGGGGUGGCACAGGGGCAGCCUGGCCGUGCACGGCGACGACGGCCACCGUUUCGUGAACGACUGCUGGGGUGGGAGGGAGUUUACCGGUCCGUUCAGCCGCGGGGAGACGCUCGGCCUCGGGCUGACGGUCAGAUCGGACGGCGGCGGCGGUGGAGAGAGCGAGAAGGUGAAGGAGAAGGCUGCGUCGUUGACCGUGGACGUCUUCUUUACGAGAAACGGUCAUGUCGUGGGUGGGUGGAACAUUCACGAGGAGACGGACGCACAGUCUGAUCGACCAGUUACCGGACUCGAGGGUCUCCAUGACCUCUGUGCUGCCGUGGGCACGUAUGAUGGUGUCGGUGUCGAUGUUGUUUUUGAUCCGGCUGCCUGGCUGUACAAGGGUAUUUGA